AUGGCGGAAAAAAGUCUUGCAAGCGAUGGCGGUUUCCCCCGUCAAACAACCAGCAAUGUCAAUGUCAAUGCAGCAGUAGAGACAUUAGAUAUUGUUCAAGAAAUAUCCGAUCUACUUAAUACUGGAUUAGACCGUAAGACAUUAUCGAUAUGUGUGCAAUUGUGCGAAGCUGGCAUCAAUCCUGAAGCGUUAGCUUUUGUUAUCCAAGAGUUGAGACGCGAAACGCAGAAAUUUAAGGUGAUCAUGAUAUGUGCCGAUGUAAUUGUCAGUUGCAAGUUGAUCUUGCCUAAUCGUUGUAUGAUUCAAAAUUGCUUGCGCAUAAAUUAUUUAAUCAUGUCUCAUGUUAGCAAUGAGUAA